AUGACUGCGCUCGGCCAGCUAUCUCUGGCCGCCGUGGUAGCGGCAGCGACUUACUAUGUCGUCCACCUUGGCCUCGGAUAUCGGCGAAUGAAGGGAGCGAAGCCGCCCCCGGGACCCAAAGGAUGGCCGUUCAUUGGGAACGCGCUGGAGCUGGCGACCUCCAACGGCAACCUGAUUCCUAUUUUCAACAAGUGGGCCAAGCAGUACGGGCCUAUUGUGCAGUUCGGCUUGCCGGGCGAGACGCAUGCUGUCCUCUCGGACGACAGAAUCGCCAACAAGCUCUUUGUCAAGCGGGGGUCCAUCUACUCGGGCCGUGGUGCCCCCCAUGCCAUCAAGGUCAUCACUCAGGAUUUGAACCCGGCUUUCCGAUGCUCAUCAUUUGCUGCCCGUACAACAGAGACUUGGCGGCGCGAGAGGAAGCUGAUCCACACCGCCGUCUCGAUCACGACCAACACCAAAUACCAAGGCUUCAUGGCUGAAGAGGCCACGCUAACGCUCAACGAUGUGCUCAAGACGCUGUCUGACUUUUCCAAUCACUUCCUGCGGUAUAGCUACGGCGUGCUUACGCGGUCCAUCCUGGGCUUCCGGGUGAUGUCGGCCGACGACGCUUUCGUGGUCAAGUCGGAGCGCACCAUCAACGAGGCAACGAAGUGCUUCCGGCCCGACGAGUAUCCGAGCAAUUUGUUCCCGUUCCUGCGCGUGCUACCCAAGUGGCUGGUGCCGUCGCUCGGGAAGCUGGAGGUGCUGCGGAAAGGGAUUGUCGAGGAGCAGGCCGAGCUGCGGCGCGAUAUCGAAAAGUCGAUUGCCGCGGGCUCGGCGCCGCGCAACAGCGUCUACCGGCACUUCCUCGAGAAUCGCAGCGAGUACGCCGUCACGGACCUCGAGGCUGCCUACACGUUCAACAGCAUGAUCGGCGGCGGCACACGCUCGCCGCAGAACGCGCUGUUAACCUUUGUGUACCUGAUGAUGGAGUUUCCCGAGUGGAUGGCCAAGCUGCAGGCGCAGGUCGACGCCGUGGUUGGCCCCGACCGCCUGCCGACAUUUGACGACAUCCCCCAGCUCCCUGUCGUGCGUGCCAUCGUCAAGGAGGGCAUCCGCUACCGCACCAUCAUGGCCGAGCUGGGCAUCCCCCACCGCCUGGACCAGGACGACGUGUUUGAGGGCUACUUCUUCGCCAAGGGUACCAUAAUACAUGCCAACUACGCGGCCAUCCUGAUGGACAAGAAAACAUACCCGGACCAACAGCCCUUCAACCCGGCGCGGUGGCUCGACCCGGCGUAUGCGGCGACGUACCGCGAGCCGCUAACAAUACACCCCAACUGCCAGAACUUCACGCCGUUCGGCUACGGCCGCCGCGCGUGCCCGGGCUACGACUUCGCCGAGCGCACCCUCGUCAUCAUGGUCGCCCAGCUCGCCUGGGCCUGCGACAUCCGCAAGCCCGUCGACCCGGCUACCAAGCGCCCCAUCACCAUCCGCAUCGAAUACGAGCCCGUGCCGAACCCCCGCCCCCGCCCGUUCCCCUGCGAGAUUGUGCCGCGGAGCGACAAGAGGAUAGAUGCCGUGCGCAGGGCUGCGGCGGCAUUGGUGGUCCGCCUCACGUCGCUCGAUCAUCAAUUCAAUUCAGCCUCCCGCAAUCCGGCCGGCUCUCUGCACAACACGAUGAGCAGCACGACGAAGUGGUGCAAGAAAUGUCAAGUCAAGGUCCUCAUGCCAACCCAGCCCGACAUUUGUGCGCAGUGCGAGACAAUCAACCGGGGCCCGCUCAGCCCGCCCUCUGAAGUACUGAGGCUGCUGUCCAAGGAGAGAAAGCAGAACCCGCCAAAGCCGGAACCGCCGCCGCAGCAAAAGGUUGCCGCUGAGGCUGUCACCGCCGACUCGCUGACAAGCGCCUCCACGUCAGACUCCCCGAAACCUGACAAGCUCUGCUGGGUCUGUCAGAGAGUGAAUACUAGCGACGGCGACUCGUGCAACGACUGCAUGACGGGGACCAUGUUUGAGGGCUAG